UUGUCCCAGAAGCCCAUUGUGUGGAGCGGAGGAAACCCUGUGCCGCGAGCAGCCAUCUUGGAUAGGACUGAUCACACUUGAGCCAGGAUAACCUGCAUUCCUCUUCUAAACAGACCAAGAACACAAAAGCUCACCCGACCGAAUUCCCGAGCCACGAUGGCCACUGCACCGUACAACUACUCCUACAUUUUCAAAUACAUCAUUAUCGGGGACAUGGGGGUAGGGAAGUCAUGUUUGCUCCACCAGUUCACGGAAAAGAAAUUCAUGGCGGAUUGCCCCCACACGAUCGGCGUGGAGUUCGGCACGAGGAUAAUUGAGGUGAGCGGCCAGAAGAUCAAGCUGCAGAUUUGGGACACGGCGGGGCAGGAGCGCUUCAGGGCCGUCACCCGCUCCUACUACCGCGGGGCCGCGGGGGCCCUCAUGGUCUACGACAUCACCAGGAGAAGCACAUACAACCACCUCAGCAGCUGGCUGACUGACGCCAGAAACCUCACCAACCCCAACACUGUGAUCAUCCUCAUAGGAAACAAAGCCGACCUGGAAGCCCAGAGAGAUGUCACGUAUGAGGAAGCGAAGCAGUUUGCCGAAGAGAACGGUCUGUUGUUCCUGGAGGCCAGUGCAAAAACAGGUGAAAACGUCGAGGACGCCUUCCUCGAAGCCGCAAAGAAGAUCUACCAGAACAUCCAAGAUGGCAGCCUGGACCUGAACGCCGCCGAGUCCGGGGUCCAGCACAAGCCCUCGGCCCCCCAGGGCGGCAGGCUAACCAGCGAACCACAGCCGCAGAGGGAAGGCUGCGGAUGCUAAUGACCAAGCAACCUCCCCCUCCCCCCAUUCUCCCUCCCUCCCUUCCUGUCUCUCCGCCCUCCCUCCCAUCAUCCAUUCCUCCACCUGCGUACGUCCAUCAACCCUCCUCCCUCGGCGCACCAGGAGCUGCGAAGGGAAGUCGCCGGAUGUCGACUUUGGCCAGACUGAACCGGGCUGUGUGGACUACAUAACCCCCCCCCCCCCCCCCCCCCCCCCCCCCCCCCCCCCCCCUCUCAAACCCUGUCAGUGUGUUCUCUUCCCAUAACUUUCGCUCUCCUCCUCUUGCACCAUUCAGUCCCCCCCCCUUCACGUCAUAGUAUCGUAGACGCCACCACGCAUUUCACGUGUUACUGACACUUUAGAUCGAUG